AUGGGAGCAUGGAAACGAAUACAGCUGCAGCCGAAGGAUAGCCUCUUCGUGAAGGAGCUGGUAGUGGCGAUCUGGGACCCAGCAGACUUGAAGGGUCGUUCCCUCCAAGGCAAGAACUGUCCGAGGUUCCCGGAUCGCCCCCUAAAGGAACCUUUGACACCUUGGAAGGUGGCGGUGAUGCGUGAAUGUUACAAGGAGAGGCUGCUGCGGCUUGGUCUGCCUGCUGACCUACGGCAAAACAGCCUAAAAAGGAUGAACCAUUUUGUAGUCGAAAAGCUGGCCGAUGUUGAGAAACAGGCCAAGAGGACUGAAAAGGCUGAGCCUUCUAUGCAGCAAUAA